AUGGCUCCUCAACUCGACGGCUACUUCCAGAAGGUCGACGCCCUGUCCGAUGCCUUCAUCGAGCGCCUGCGCGAGGCCGUUGCCAUCCCGUCCAUCUCAUCCGAGGCUGCCCGCCGUCCCGACGUUGUGCGCAUGGGCAAAUGGCUUGGCGAUGAGUUGACCAAGCUCGGCGCCUCGGUUGAGCUGCGUCCGCUAGGCAAACAGGAGGGCACCGACCUCGACCUGCCUCCUGUUGUACUGGCUCGCUACGGCAACGACAAGAACAAGCGGACUAUCCUUGUCUAUGGCCACUACGAUGUGCAACCGGCCGAGAAGAGCGACGGCUGGGACACAGAGCCGUUUGAGCUCAGCGUCAAGGAGGAUGGGCGCAUGUGCGGGCGUGGCUCGACCGACGAUAAGGGGCCCGUCUUGGGCUGGCUGAAUGCCAUUGAGGCGCACAAGGCCGCUGGCAUCGAGUUCCCCGUUAACCUUCUCAUGUGCUUUGAGGGCAUGGAGGAGUACGGGUCUGACGGCCUGGACGACUUGAUCAACGCCGAGGGCAAGAAGUACUUUGCCGACGCCGAUGCCGUCUGCAUCAGCGACAACUAUUGGCUCGGUACCGAGAAGCCGUGCCUGACUUACGGUCUGCGUGGGUGCAACUACUACAGCAUCGAAGUUUCGGGCCCUGGUGCGGACCUGCAUAGUGGUGUGUUUGGUGGCACCGCGCAAGAGCCCAUGACGGACCUGGUGCGUGUCAUGGGGUCUCUGGUGGACACUGACGGCAAGAUCUUGAUCCCGGGCAUCAUCGAGCAGGUAGCGCCGGUGACGAGCGAUGAGCAUGGCCUGUAUGACGGCAUCGCAUUCACGAUGGAGACGUUGCAUGAUUCGCUCGGCAGCAAGACAACGAUCUUUGAGGACAAGAAGUCCACCCUCAUGGCCCGGUGGCGGUACCCAUCCCUCUCACUCCACGGCAUCGAAGGUGCCUUCUCAGCCCCUGGCGCGAAGACAGUCAUCCCUGCCAAGGUCAUUGGCAAGUUUUCGAUCCGGACCGUGCCCAACAUGGAGAUUGAGAAGACGAACGAGGUGGUGUGCAAGUAUGUCGAGGAUGUGUUCAAGAAGCUUGGGUCCAAGAACAGCCUCAAGGUGUACCCUCAGCACUGCGGCAAGUGGUGGGUGGCCAGCCCCAACCACUGGAACUUCUCGGCAGCGGCCAAGGCGACGGAGCGUGUCUGGGGCGUCAAGCCGGACUAUACCCGCGAGGGUGGCAGCAUUCCCGUCACGUUGACGUUUGAGCAGGCGACGGGCAAGAAUGUGUUGCUCCUGCCGAUGGGCAGCUCAAACGACGGCGCUCACUCGAUCAACGAGAAGUUGGAUAAGCGGAACUACAUUGAGGGUAUUAAGCUUCUGGGCGCGUAUCUGCACUAUGUGGCCGAGGAGCCGAUCAACUAG